AUGGGUUCGCCGAUUUCGGGACUCAUAGCCGAGGCGGUCCUUCAACGGCUGGAGUCGCUGGUUUUCCGACACCACAGACCGAAAUUCUGGGUUCGGUAUGUGGAUGACACCUUCGUCGUCAUCGAACGGGAUCAGGUGCUGACUUUCAAAGAACAACUCAACGCCGUCUUCCCGGACAUUCAAUUUACGAUGGAGGAGGAGGAGGAGGAAAACAAUCAGCUGGCCUUCCUGGAUGUCCUCAUCUGCCGCAAAGACUGUGGUGGCCUAAAAACCAAAGUGUUCAGGAAAGCGACAAAUACGACGCAAAUACUGAACUUCAAUAGCAACCACCCGAUCAGUCACAAACGCAGUUGCGUGAGGGCGCUAUACCGGCGUGUUGAGACGCACUGCAGUGAAAUGGAAGACAAGGUUGCUGAAUUACAAUAUUUUCGACGGGUAAUGAGAGCCAAUGGCUACCCGCGCAACUUUGUCAAUCAGUGCAUACGAAAAGGACACCAGAGACCAAAUCCAACUAGCCCCAAAUUUUGGCGGUCUCUUCCGUACGUGAAGAACGUCUCGGAAGCCGUCAGUCGUCUUCUCACUCCACUUGGAGUUGGGGUUGCACAUAGGCCGGAAGCAACCAUUAGGCGCCAAGUAAUGAGGCCAAAAGACCCGCUGCCACGGCAGAAAACGUCUGGAGUCGUUUACCGGAUCUGGUGUAGUUGCGGACAAAGCAAUUAUGUCGGAGAAACUGGGAGAUUACUCCGUACGCGACUUGCCGAGCACGCAGCAGCAGUGAGGCGGGGAGACGCUAACUCUCAGGUGGCGGCACACUCGACGGGACCCGGCCAAAUUUUCAAAUUUCAAGAGGCCGAAAUCCUCGUAAGGGGUGACAACCGCGUGAGCCGCGAGCUGCUCGAGUCAUGGUUCUCAGGCCCGCAAUCCAUCAACAAACACAAUGACCUCCCGGUGCCCUAUUCCGUAUUGUGAUUUUCCCUGGGCAGGAGAAUCAGUCACGUGGGGAGGGCGCGGGUGAGCAAUUAUCACGGUGACAGUGAGCCAGUUUGCCGAGCAAUCGUCACACCAGCAUCGAGCACGGAUGACGAAAUCGCGGCAAUUAACAACUCGGACUCGGACUGCCAAGCCACCGCCGCAUCAAUAGCGACCCCAGCGGCGAUUGUGAGAACUGUUAAUUGCAGUGCGCAUACGGUCCCACGGCAGCCAUGUGCUAUAAAUACUGCACUCCUGGUGCCACCUUCACCUCUAUCUGCGAAUGUCUCUGAUGAUGGAUUCGAGUGAGAAUCCGAAACGUCAGGCAAAUAAACUUCUUGUCCCAGUGAUCGCAUCUUCAUCUUCUGAAAGCCUCUAUUAUUGCUCCGGCCUUUAAAUCUGGCUGUCGUUCCGAUGUUUAAAAUUAUCGCGGAGUUCGUACAACGCCCUCUCUAGAAAAGCUCCUUAAAAAUUGAUCCACAUGAAGAUUGCAGACUUUUGCCUAGCUAGUCAAGUUACUAGCUUGUCCCAACAUGGUUUUUUGCCCGAUCGCUCCUUUGGAAAGUGCUGCAUGUCGUUUAUUAAUUUACUUACUUCUCAUCGUAAUUACCACUUGCCUGUGGUCGUUAUUUAUUUUGAUCUCCCUGAAACCUUUGAUAAAGUGCCACAUAGAAUACUCUUAGUUAAAUUACACGCUCUGGAACUUCUCAGUCCCAUUAUUGACUAUAUUAAGUCAUACUUAUCAAAUCGAAAGCAAAAGGUCUGAGUGGGAUCCUAAUUUUCCUAUUAGAGCCCUAUCGCAGGUGGUGACCUCCAAGAUGCUAUUUUAGGUCCUCCUCUGUUAUGGCUUUAUAUUAAUGAUAUCUUGUCGGAAGUUAAACAUUUCCAGUCUUUCGUUCAUAGCGAUGACCUCAGAUAAGUAUAUUCAUUCUGUAAAUCUACGACCCAACGUUGCUUGGAGCGAGUCCGUACCGAUUAGCUUGCUGUUUGCGCAUAGAGCUGAACAUGGCUAAUGGAAUUCUCUCCAGCCAAAUGCCGCUAUAUGUGUUUUGAACCUGAAAGUCUAACAAAACCAGUGAUUUCUCAAAGCACACAUAUGAUUGGAUGUGGCACCAUCACUGGAUUAAGAUUCAACGACACAAAUAAUCGACAUCUCUCGCCACACGCCGAUAGAAUUACGACCAAAGCUUCCCAGACUUGUUAUUUUAUUUUUUAUAGUUCCUACCUUCCUGAAACAAAAUUAGGACUUCAGUGAAUGUUUGCCCUUCCGAUUCUCGAUAAUUGCUGCCCAUUCUUUUUUGGUGAACCAGGCUAGUCGUUUUAAAAUUGAAAAUCUUUAAGGCCAUUUAAGACAUUUAAAUAAGACACAUCUGUGUACUUCCUACUCAUAUAGAUACCAGCUAACUUACCUUAAAAACCUAUAGACUCGGAGACUAGAAGCAGGCUUAUGUCUGCUUUCUCGUAUCAGUAAUGGUUUAAAUCUUUUUCACAUUCCAGCCCCUACUCCUGCUAGUCGCAUAUACAAUCGUCGUAAUUCUUCCCUGAUUUUACCUCCUUUCGCUUCCUCAAGCUCUAAGCGUUUCCUUUUCUUUGCUUCUGGGUAAACCUUCCUUUAGAGUAAUCUCCCAACUGAUGUACGAUCGUCAGCUAAUCUACAUACCUUUAAGAGAAGGCUGCGCAUUUAACUGAAUACUGACUCGACUAAACAGCCAUUUUCUCAUCCUCCCAGGGCACCUUUCUCCAUGACUCUAGGAAAGGGCUACCGAUAAUUUAGGACUUCACCGCCACGUUGCCGUAUAUGCUCCCCCUUCUCUCUCUUUAUAUGGUUUCGCUCUCCGGAGUCUCUAAUCAGAAAUCUAGAUUUUUCAAUCCUUCGGCUCAUGCAUCGUCUUCUUCACAAAGGGCGAUUUUCUUCUUAGCCAACCUCUUAGGGAUGUAAUUGAAACCAUGUUGAUGCGCACGCUCUAAGUUGAGUUCGAACUCUUUUGAAAAAAAUGAAAUUUUUUACUGUCCACUAACCGUUUUGCAUACCGAUUGCCUAUUUUAUAAGCACGAACUGAACGUCGUACAGUGUUUGCCUACUAGUUAUAAAAUUCGAUCCAAAAUUUAUUUUUACCUACUAUGGAAGCGCCCCAAUGGGUAUUAAGUAAAACGAUAUAUUUCCUUGUGAAAAGCUUCUAAGAAACUUGGGAUAGAAUUCUCGACGCUGGAGAUCAGUGUCUUACAAAAGAAUUUCUGGAACCGUUCAGUGAUGAACUAAAAACUUCUCUGCUGUUGUACAGGGCAUAGUACGAUGAAUGCGGAUCAUACCCCACUGUUGCGAGCUUCCAAAUGUGCGGAACUCUGGGAAGCCAAGGCAAAGGCUGAGCAUCUCUCUUCUUCCAAUCGGUCCAUCUUCAAAAACUAACCGAUUUUCUCCCAUUUACUUACGACCACGGGGAACUAUCUCUCCCCAAAACAGUCAUUUUUAUAGGAGACAUCAUUUAGGAAAAAUUCCGCACUCUUGAAGCAGUCAACUUCCCAGAGCUCAACGAAGUCUCAAGCAAGAAACUGAAUGACUUAGCUUCUAAAAUCGCCAAGGCGCUAGCCUUCUUCUUCCGAUCUGCAUUUGCUACUGGGCGCCUACUUCCCGAACAUAAAUUCGCAACCCUAGGGGUCUUGAAGCGCCGCAUUUAAGGAGGGUACAGUUCUGGCUACCUUAAAUAAGAUUCACUUUCGUCUAUAUCGUAAAUGAGGACCAAAAAGUUAAAGGAAGGCUUUUUGUCGCUAAUUUUUCUUCCGCCGGCGUUGCCAGAGAGGGCUGGGUGUUUAAAAGUCCGCCAUAGCCCCGCCUACACUAAUCCCUGUGGAGCUAGACGAAACCGGUUUUGGCAGGGGACGUAGUAAAAGGUAUCGUCUGGAGUGCAAAAAGGAGAGAGGGGGUAAUUCAAGUUGUUACUUACUGGGAUGGUAAAUUAUUCUGAACAAUCUUAUGGAUAAAUCAAAAAUUUUUGAAUUAUUCGAACGAUGCUGCGCCGCUAUUUCAUUGACUUAAUUCUCAUUAAAAAGGAUGUCUCAACGUUUCAAAGCAGCUUACUGUCCGCUACAUAUUACAUCUUUGUGAUGAUUAUUUUGGGCAAAUUUCCGGAAUUAUACAUUGCUAGUAAACAGGACAACAGUCCCUUGACACACGCUGACGUUUAUAUUCGUCUGGCAGCGUAGUUUAUUAACCCUCCUAUAUGCGCUUAUAGUUAUGAAAUCCUAAUUAACUUCUUCAUCGUAGUGUUGAGACCAGUGUUCGUUACUGUCCAGCUGCGUUCAUCAGUGACUUUUCCAAAAUGCUACCAUAGUCGUGGCAUCUGCGCUUCUAGCAAGACAAGUAACUGAAUCACAUGUGCUAAUGUCUUGGUAGCGCACAACUAGGUUCAAAGUGGGGUCGUACUCCGACAGACAUCUCAUUCUGACUAUGGGCGCAGUGGCUUCUUGUUAGUGGGCAUUUCCGUUCUGGGAACAAUUAUAGAGGUAAUAUCGCUCCGUGGGUGGAUGUGUUGUGUCUAAAUAUGGCUGUGGGCCUGCAUAUACUAUAAAGAGGACAUUUAACAAUUUCAAAGAUCUACGGUUACAUUUAAGCUCCAAGCUCCAUGAUUUCUUUCUGUAUGACCUCCAAUACCUUAGAGCGACCUUGUGAAAUUGUUUUUAUCAGUCCAGUGAUGCCGCGUUCUUUUGUAGUAGUCGUCGCGGCGGCGGCAGACUUAGACGAUGGCUAAUACCGUCUUUGCCACUGAAUUGUGUGGAUGUGCGUUGGUCACUCUUUACUUAUCCUAUUACUUUGGUCGAUGGCGAAAGCAGCCCGCCUUUGCUACUGUGGCACACACUUUAGGAUGGUACAUUCCUCUGUUAAUUGUUGGCGUGCUCCCAGUCGAUAUUGCCUCGGUAAUUGUACCGCUGUUUCCGAUGAUAUGUAGGAAUAGACUUAUUUUACUAA